AAAAACAAAUGCACCCUUCUUAAACUCACCCUAGUACUGGACUGCAUUAAAGCAUUGGGAGGUAAAACUAAAGAGAGAGGAAAUGAAAUUUACCGGUGUAUAUCUGGUGGUGGUAUUAUUAGUCGCCGUCUUUAGCUCCACCGUCGUCAACUCAUGCCCGCCGUCGGACCGGGAAGCAUUGUUGGCGUUCAAGUCCGCCUUGAAUGAGCCUUAUUUGGGCAUCUUCAAGACCUGGACCGGCACAGACUGCUGCAGUAACUGGUAUGGAAUCAGCUGCGACCCGACUGACAGUCGGGUCAAUGACGUUGUACUACGUGGCGAGUCGGAAGAUAAGAUUUUCGAGAAGGCCGGCCGGUCUGGGUACAUGACCGGUUCACUCUCUCCUUCUCUAUGUUCGCUGGACCGGCUUACAACGCUUGUUGUCGCCGACUGGAAGGGGAUUUCUGGUGAGAUACCGGCGUGUAUAACUUCUCUCCCUCACCUCCGCAUCCUAGACCUCAUCGGGAACCAGCUCACCGGAAAACUCCCUGCCGACAUCGGAAAGUUAGGGAAAUUAACUGUUCUGAACGUCGCUGACAACAAAAUCAGCGGUGAGAUCCCAUCGUCCAUUGUGAACCUCGCGAGGCUAAUGCACCUAGAUCUGAGCAACAAUCAGAUCACCGGCGUACUCCCUGCGGAUCUCGGAAAGCUAUCGAUGAUGAGCAGAGCUCUUUUAAACCGUAACCAAAUUUCAGGUAGCAUUCCAAGCUCAAUCGCCGGCAUUUACCGUCUCGCAGAUUUAGAUCUGUCGAUGAACAGGAUCUCCGGUUCAAUUCCUGCUCAACUCGGUUCAAUGCCUGUCCUCUCGACACUCAAUUUAGACAGCAACCAACUCACCGGACAAAUUCCGGUAAGUCUACUAAGCAACACUGGUCUAAACAUAGUGAAUCUGAGCCGAAACUCUCUCGACGGCUACUUGCCAGACGUUUUCACUCCACGGACGUACUUCUCCGUGCUGGACUUGUCAUUCAACAAAUUGAAAGGCGCGAUACCGAAAUCUCUGUCGUCGGCAAAGUACAUCGGACAUUUGGACCUCAGCAACAACCAUCUCUGUGGUUCGAUUCCGAUGGGAUUCCCAUUUGAUCACCUUGAAGCGUCAUCAUUUACCAACAAUGACUGCCUGUGUGGAUCGCCGCUCAUGCGUGUAUGCUAGUACCACGACGUCGUAUUGUGUUCCCGGUUCAUUAUUUACCGUUACUUGACGGUGCACUAUGUGUGUGUUUUUUUUCUCUUUAAAAAAAUAAAAAUUAUAAAAUUUUAAUCCAAUGUCAGGAUAUGUUAAUAUUCGUCAGGAUGCACGUGAAGAUGUGCCACGUAAGAUUGUGUAUAUCUAAGGACUGUUUUGGUAAUUCGCCCUUGGUGGAAUUGAUCUACUUUAACUUUUAUUUGUA